CCCGCGCCCCGCCCCCGCCGCGGCCGCCGGGAAGAUGGCCUUCCGCAAGGCCUACUCCAUCAAGGACAAGCUGCAGGCCAUCGAGCGCGUCAAGGGCGGCGAGCGGCAGGCCAGCGUGUGCCGCGACUUCGGCGUGCCCGGCGGCACGCUGCGCGGCUGGCUCAAGGACGAGCCGAAGCUGCGCUGGUUCCUGCAGCAGCUGGGCGGCGAGGUGGGCCGGCAGCGCAAGAAGAUGCGGCUGGCCAACGAGGAGGAGAUCGACCGCGCCGUGUACGCGUGGUUCCUGGCGCUGCGCGGCCGCGGCGUGCCGCUGUCGGGGCCCGCCAUCCAGGCGCAGGCCGAGGCCUUCGCGCGCCAGAUCCACGGCCCCGCGAGCACCUUCAAGGCCAGCCACGGCUGGUUCUGGCGCUGGCAGAAGCGCCACGGCAUCUCCAGCCAGCGCCUGUACGGCGCGCGCCCGCCCGCGCCCGCGCCCGCGCCCGCGUCGCCGGCCCCCGCCGAGGGCGGCUACGGCGACGAGCAGAUCUACAACGCCGACGUCACCGGCCUCUACUGGCGGCUGCUCCCCGAGCGGGACGCGGGCCCCGGGGGCGACCGGGUCACCGUGCUGCUGGCCGCCAACCUCACGGGCAGCCACAAGCUGAAGCCGCUGGUCAUCGGGCAGCUGCCCGACCCGCCCAGCCUGCGCCACCUCAACCGGGACCAGUUCCCGGCCUCCUACCGCUACAGCCCGGACGCGUGGCUCAGCCGCCCGCUGCUGCGGGGCUGGUUCUUCGACGAGUUCGUCCCGGGCGUCCGGCGCUACCUGCGCCGCAGCUGCCUGCAGCAGAGGGCCGUGCUGCUGGUGGCUCACCCGCCCCGGGCGCCCGCCCCGGAGGAGGGCGAGGACCCGCCCAGGCGCUGCCGGCCCGAGCCGCUGCAGACCCCCGACGGCGCGGUGCGGGUGCUGUUCCUGUCGCGCGGCCGCGGGCGCGCGCGCAUCCCCGCGCCUCUGGAGCAGGGCGUGGUGGCCGCCUUCAAGCAGCUGUACAAGCGCGAGCUGCUGCGGCUGGCCGUGUCCUGCGCGGGCGGCUCCCCGCUGGACUUCGCGCGCAGCUUCAUGCUCAAGGACAUGCUCCACCUGGCCGGCCUCUCGUGGGACCUGGUGCAGGCGGGCAGCAUCGAGCGCUGCUGGCUGCUGGGCUUGCGCGCCGCCUUCGAGCCGGGCCAGCAGCCGGCGCGCCUCGCCGAGGAGGCGGCCGAGCGCAGCCGGGCGCUCAGCGACCUCACGCACCUGGCCGCGCUGGCCCACAGGCGCCUGGCGCCCGAGGAGGUGGCCCAGUGGCUGCACCUGGACGACGACGGAGGCCUGCCGGACGCCUGCAGGGAGGAGCUGGGCCCCGCGGCCCCUGCGGCCCCGGCCGGCCUGGCCUCCGACGUGGGGGGCGGGGAGGAGGAGGCGGCGGCGGGCGACCGAGCAGGAGGAGGAGCCUCCGUGCCCACCGCUGGGGAGGCCGUCCGGGGCCUGGAGACAGCUCUGCGGUGGCUGGAGAGCCAGGACCCUAGGGAAGUGGGGCCGCUGCGGCUGGUGCAGCUGCGCUCGCUCAUCGGGGUGGCGCGGAGGCUGGGGGGCGUGGGGCCGUCCCCGGCGGCUCCUGAUGAUGGCGUGUGACCACACGGAGCAGGUGGCCUUGGUCCUGCUCCUGCUUCCACGCCUCUCCUCCCCUCGAGGCUAGCCCGCCCCAGGGGCUCUGCAGGUUCCAGGGACCCCAGCCCGCCUCGCUUGAAGGGGCUUGGCCGGUGAAGGGUCCCCUGGUCUUGGGGCAGCUGGAAGAGAAGUCUGGGUCUAGGCGCCUCCCAGGGUGGGGGUGUGCUCUGGAGGGCAGCUGGCUGUGGCCCCUGUGGGGCCAAGGCCUCCGGGCUGGGCCUGUCCAUGGCUGCUCUCCCUCCUGCCAGACACUGGACAAGGGCCCAGAGCUGCAGGUGCGGGUCAUUUGGGGGGGCAGAGCCCUGGAUUUGUUACCGUUUUUAUACAUCCAGCCCGUUCUUGGGGGCCCCUGUGGCCCAGUCUGGGAGGACGGUGCCCCACGGUGCAGCAUAGUCAGGAGGGUGGGGCUCCCUGGUGCAUCACUGUGAGGGGGUGGGACUCCGUGGUGCAGUGCAGUGAGGGGGCGGGGCUCCCUGGUGCAGUGUGGUGAGGGGCGGGGUUCUCUGGUGCAGCACAGUGAGGGGGCGGGGCUCCCUGGUGCAUCACUGUGAGGGGGCGGGGCUCCCUUUCACUUGAAUGCCCAGUUCUCCCUGAGAAAACUAUCCUGAACAGAUGUCUCGUGCCCUGGGCUGCGGGGCCUCUGCACCGGGCCCACGACCUGCCCAGUGGCAGGACAGGCUCCUUGCCUGCACGCCUGCCACGGCCCAGCCGACCACCAGAACAAUCUGCAGUGCCUUAGUGCCGGCUGCAUAGGCCCCUCCCCUGAGACCCCCACCUGUCCUGGAGCUGCCAAACGGGUGCUGGGGGGGGGGGCGUGUCAGAACCUUGCAGGGGGUCAGGGGCUGUCUUGCCAAGUUGUGGUCAGAGCCCCCAGGAGGGGCCUGCUUCAGCCACUCUGUCUGUCCCCCCCAUCAGUCCCAGCCUGCAGACCUGGGGCUGGGGGUGCAGCCACAGGGGCAUUAGUGGGAGGGAGGGGCCGGGUGCUGGCCUGGCAG